CGAAUCCCCGGCCCUGAUCCCUGCGACUCCCAAAGCGCGAGCCCGUAACCGUCCCGUUUAGCGCCAACACGCUCCACCAGAUCCUUUUCACUGAUUUGACUUUUAUUGCUCCCGCUUCUCCGGUCUCCGAAUCUCUGCGCUCCCGAAUUUCCCCGCGUCUAUCGCUCUGUUCUGCUCGCCCUCGACCAGGAUCCUCAAACUUGAGAAAUCCGAAAUCCUUACCGAUUCAAUCGGUCUUAUUGCCUCGAGUUUGGUUUGAUUUUUUGUUUGCGCGACGCGUUUGUGAUCAUUGUGUGGACGAACGCGGUCAACUCCGACCCACUUGUGUUGUUUCAACGUCGAUCUCCGGUUUUAAUUUGGUUGUAAUCAAAAUCAUCCCAUCCGAAGAUCUUGAUAUGGCGUUCGGCAGGAUUUGUGCUUGAAAUUAACUCGACGACCGGUGGAUCCAUCUUUUACGAAGCAGUUACUUGAAAAACAGAGAUUCUGGAGAGGAAAGGGAUGUUCUGUUACCACUGCCCGCCAUCCUUGCACCCCUCGAGCGCGCCGAGACUGCCCUCUUUGGAAUACCCGUUCACACCAUCGCAUCCUUAUACGAGCUAUUCUUAUCAUCCGGCGAUACAUGAUGACUCCUUUGUGCGCAGGAAGCAAAGGCGGAAUAGGACAACAUUUACCCUCCAACAGUUGGAGGAAUUGGAGACUGCUUUCGCACAAACUCAUUAUCCAGAUGUUUUCACGAGGGAGGAUCUUGCGAUGAAAAUCAACCUUACCGAAGCGAGAGUUCAAGUUUGGUUCCAAAAUAGGAGAGCAAAAUGGCGGAAAGCAGAGAGGCUGAAAGAGGAGCAACGAAAGAGGGAGGAGCAAGAUAGAGGAAUAGUCGACACGGUGAAACAUGAUCCAUCCUCCCCAGUACCAAAGGAAAUAGAGGACACCGGAAGUAGCGGCGAGGAAGACAAUCAAAGAAGAGCUUCGACUCCUGCCAGUUGCAGUGCCACAGAGAAUGACCCGGAGACAGAGCGUCCAUUUUCACCAAGCAGUGAGUCGUCGACACGACAUCCUGGACCGAGAAUCAAUUCACCGUCACAUAUUAAUGAGGAUCCUGCGCCUACAAUCACAUCGUUCACCCAUCCACUCUUUCCUACCUUCUCCAGCGACGGCAGCAGUUUCCGAUGCGUGAGUGAAGCUGUUUCCAAUCCUGAUUUGCGGACAAAUGCACCUCUAUUUUUCCCAGCACACCUCUCGUCUCAAUUCUCCCCACCGCUCUUUCCCGCUCUGAAAGGUUUCGCGGGGUUAUGUUCGUGCUGCCCGAUGAAGCCCCUCUCCCUGCUCCCGGGGAACGGAGGGGUGGGGGUGGGGGUGGAGCAGCGCUCGAGCAGCGUGGCCGAGCUCCGGCGGAAGGCGCAAGAGCACUCGGCAGCCCUCCUCCACAGCCUCCACCAGUUCCAGCAGCACGCCCUCGGCCUCUCCACCAUCCAGGCCCUCGCCGGCUCCGGCAAGUCCGAGGAGGGCCCCACCGGCCCCCCCGCUGGGCCCCCGCCACCACUCCCCCCGCCGCCCCCCUCCGAGUCCCAGUCACCCUCCUCCAGCCCCCCACAACCCAAACCCUCACCUUAGCAAACAAUCGAGCCCCCGCCCCUCACCCUAGCGCCUCAAAAGCGCCCUCGAUCCCGGACUCAUGGCGCCCACUCCAUCAGCUCCAUCAUGAAAUGAUCGUGCGCUUAGAUAUAUUGACAAAUCCAGCCGGCUCAUUUUUUGAAUCGAUAGACAAAACGAUUCAAAAAGAAGACGAAGGAAAAAUGAAGCGAUCCGAUUGGUUGAGACGGAUAUUGGUUACAUACUAAGGAACUGAAGUGUUGAGGAUUUUUUUCAAAAUCAUCGAUUAAUCGAAUCUAUUUCUAUUAGAACCCGAUUUUAUUAAUUUAAAUUGUGAUGAAAAGAUCGAUUAUCUGAAAAAUCGAUUUAAACACUCGGAAAUUUUGGAAGCUCCAAAUUCGCACUCCUUAAAAUAAAAAUUAAAAUGAAAAUUCCUGGGAAAAUUUCUAAAAUUUUGAUCCAAAAAUCGACUCACGUGCCGAUUUACUACAUUCGGGUGGCCAGAACCGGAAUUUUCGAUUAUGAGGGAAAAUACAAUUUACACGAUUAAUCGAAUCCAAUAAAAUCGAUUUUUUCGCUUAGUCAAAUCCAAUUAAAUCGAUGCGAUUCAAUCGAUUUUUCAAGAGAAUCGAUUCAAAAUCCCCAACACUGUAAGGGAUAACCUCACGAAAUGCCGUUCGUCAAGCUAUUGCUCUCCUCCUUUGUCCAUUUGCAACCGCGGAGAAAAUGACUCCAUUUUCUCUUCGUCUUCGUCUUCGUUGUCUAACGCUUUAUCCAUUAAUUUCCAUAAUCAGCCCGCAGAUAUCGAUGGUUUGACGACGAUACGAUGGUAGAAUAUUCAAAAUGUCUCGAGGUAACACUUGAUACAGAAAAAAAAUGAGAAUAGAAACAUCAGAAAGGAAAAAAGGGGGCUCUCCUUGUUAUGUUGAGGUACUCUUGUGAAUGGGACCUCCUAUCAGAGUAUGGAAUUUUUUCCUGAUUAUUCAUCAGCAUUGAUCAGCAGAUGAUAAAAGUAGAUACGUGGAUCCAAUUGUGUAAAAAUUGUACCUAGUUAGAAUGUAAAUAUUUCCUCGUGCAAUCAUAAUGCGGGCAAGUUGCAAAGUAAGUGAGUGCUGUAAGCAUCGAAGUACGCGAGAAUUACAUGGAAGAGGUGGCUUAGAGUAGAUUAACGUAUUCACAAAGAGAGCAAUUUUAUUGAUGAAUUGAUUGAAAUUUUCGAAAACUUUAAUUAAUGAAACUCUUUUGAAAACAAUGGAGUCUCUUCCACCUCUCCCGGUGAACAACUUCAGCGGAAUAAUACUUAAGUAUUUAGAAACUGUAUUGUAGAAUUGUAUAAAGUAGUGAAUAAAACUCAUCAAAACUGAUUCCUUACGUUAAUUGUAAACAAAACCGUGAAUUUAAUUUAACUGUUAUACGCUUGUGUAAAUUUAUGUAGUAUCGAAUUAAACCUUUCUUUGAAUGAUAAUCCAAAGUUUCCUAUUAAUAAGUUCAUAUUGUAGUUAAAAAAUAAAAGCACUUCGAAGUUCCAAAACCA